ACUACUUUUAUUCCCUCCCCCUCUCAUGAUGAAAGAAUAAAUAGAUGUCUAGGAUAGAAUCUAGAGUAACCAUAAAAUGAAAGUAGUCUAAACAAUAUCUUGUUUUAACUUGUCAAAGUAAACCAGAAACUUUGAUUGACCAAAACUAAGUCAUAACGAACUCGGAUUGAGUUGAACCAAAAAGAGAAAGUGUUCGUCUUGACGUCAUGUAUCUACCCUCAAAAUUUCACAGCGAUCGGAGUAGUUUUGACCAUCAAAACAUUGCCUAGAGUAAGCUGGUCUCUAUUUGGACGAAAAUUCAUAUAGCAUUACUUAAUACUUCCUUUGAUUGUCAACUCAUCACCCACUUCUCCUAAUUUGUGCACUAUCUCCCUAGUGGCCAAGCCAUCAUGAAUGAGAGAGAAAGGGUUGGCUUAAAUUUCAUUUUCUUUAAUGAUAAUGCAAAUGCACUACCUUAGUGAUGAUGAAACUCACUUGCAUUGGAUGCACCAAUUCUCAUCCAUUGGAUCAAAACCUAUCUACUUGAUCCUAACCAUUCAUUCUCCUAUAAAUAAGCAUGCAAGGCUCCUUGUUUUCCACACAAAUCCUAGACAACUCUCUUGAAAGCUUUGUGCUUUGGUUUUCUCUCCCUUUUCUCUCCAUCUACCACACCACCACUUUGGUGUUCUUGAAGUCAUUUUUCUGUCCAAAUCAAAUUGAAAAGGAGCUAAGAAAUUACACGAAGGAGGAUUUAUGGCACCUCGACGUAACGGAAACUAUGGGAACCAUCGUCAUAACAACCGUGAUAACGAAGUCCCACCUCCACCUCCACCAUUUAAUGAUGGAGUGAGUUCGGCUUUAGUUCAAUUUAUGGCCGAAACGACUAAACAGUUUGCCGAAGUGGUAGCCAGAAUUCCACAACCUGCCGGUCGAGAGGCACAAGUAGGUUGUUCUAUGCGCGAUUUUGCUAGCCAGCAAUUUCGUCUAUUUGAUGGAAUGCAGGAACCGUUAGCGGCUGAAGCCUGGAUUUCGGAUAUCACAUUGUUGCAUGAGACCCUUGGCUGUACUGAAGAGCAAAAGGUUAAUUAUACAAUACUAAGGUUCACUGAUGAAGCUUCGAGAUGGUGGAAGUCUAAGAAAGGACUCUUAAGAAUAGAGUUGGGACAUGGAGUUGCUAUCCCUUGGGAUAGGUUCGUAGAAGAAUUUAAUGGGCGUUUCUUUCCAAGGGCUCAAAGACAGAUACGAGCCAUUGAAUUUCAGAAUCUGGUGCAAGGCACAAUGACGGUAGAGCAAUAUUCUGCCAAGUUUAUUGAAUUAUCCAGAUUUGGCCUCAACAUAAUUCCAGAUGAAGAAACAAAGUCGGAACGUUUUGAGAAUGGCCUUAAUCCUCGGAUUAAGGAAAGAGUCAUGUGCCACGAGAUUAGAAACUUUGUUAAAUUGGUGGAUAUAGCAACAAUUGCUGAAAGGGGGAUGCGUGAAUCAUCCGCCGCCUAUGAAUUGAAGAGGCGAGCAGCAUCGCAGGUGUCAUACCCAUUCAAACGACCUGCACUUAAUACUGCAAGCAGGCCAGCUGAGAAGAGGAAUUUCCCUCCUACAACAAGGAAUCAGGUGCCUUUAUGCCAGAGGUGUGGGAAGAUGCAUGCUGGAGAGUGCGAGGCUAGCGAACCAAACUGCUUCAAGUGUGGUCAACGUGGCCACUUCAGGAGGAAUUGUCCACUAGAUGCCCCGGAGGGAUCCCGACUCCCAAGAAACAACGUCCCACCAAGGCAACCCGCCCAAGCAAGGGUGUAUACCUUAACUCCAAUUGAGGGAGACGAAGAAGAAGAACGAGGUGUUAACGAUGUUGUGACAGGAGCUACACAUUCAUUCAUUUCUGAGGCAUACAUUAAAUUAUGUCAUGUUAACACACGACCUUUAGUGCAAAGUCUUACGGUUGAAACCCCUGGGGGAAAGAAAGUUGCAUGGACUGGUUAUCAAAAUAUUAUGCGAGCAUAA